AGAAUGAAUUGGGUGUUAUACCUAGGUACGAAGUUGUGUUUGGUCAGUGACGUCGCGGUUGCGUUACUCGUUUCAAAUGCCAAAUAAAAAGCUCUAACUUAUUUGUUAUAUGUUUUUUGUUAGCUCCCUAAAUAGUUUAGUGUACUGCAAUUGAAUAUUUUUCAAAUUUUACUACGAAAAAAGUGAUCAAACUGAACAUGGCCAAAGCCCCUGUAGAUGAGUUUGAUGGUGAGGGAACUCAAUAUAAUGGGAAUGCAUCAAGACCUCUUCAUAGAACGAAGAGCACAGGAGCAACAAAACGGACAUUUAUUCAUCAGGAAGAGGAUGGGCCGCUUGCAAAACACCAGCGGAUUGUUGAAGAUCUUCCUUCCACUCAAGAGUUGAUCUUCAUGAAGGAAACAAAGGCUCUGUAUAAUAAUAGCCUCUUCAGAAUACAGCUUGAGACUCUCCUGAGUGAAGUGACCAUCAAAGCAAAGCACAAGGUGAUUUUGGAUCAAUGGAUCAGCAAGUUUUCUGAGUAUCUUCUUGCUCUGCCCACAGCAAGUGAAGCUGUUCCUUUUAGUGACUGGUCUUCGUACUCAAAUGAAGGAGUCACUGCCCCCCUGCCUUGGCUGCCUGGGGUUCAGGGCACAUUUGAGUUUGUUCCACCUGCUGGUGUUGCAUGUACAGGCUCCUAUGCUGAUGGAACCAUCACCACUCUCAGCAAAGUUAUAGACCUUAAAGUUGAAGUGCCACAGCAUUGCAUUGAAGCUGGUGAUCACCGUGAUGGGCGGUGGCUCCUGAAGCGUGCACAUUAUUUAGCCCACAUCGCCAAGUCUCUGAAGAGCUGCUCCCUGGUGGCACAAAUGCACUGGAGUCGCCAUCUCGAUGAACCCCUGCGACCGGUAUUAUUGAUUACUCCCAAAUUGACUGGAGGUGCGGGUAAGUGGCAGAUUAGGCUGCUGCCUGUGCCUGCUGACUCUGCUUUCAAGGUGCACGCGUUCUCACCACAGAAGCUUAACAUCAAGACUAAAGGAAAUGUCUCGUGUAGUGGCAUCAACUUCUUGUGCGGUAUUGACCUGGCGUUGGCAAGCAACAACAGCCUCCUGCAGAGCACACUGCCGGCCAUGCCAGGCCUCCUGCAGGCCGUCAAGCUCGUCAAAGUGUGGCUGCGUCAGCGACAUCUCAAUGAGGGCCGAGGCUCGAUGUCGGGUCACGUGGUGUCGAUGCUGGUGCUCUUCCUAUACCGACUGCGACGCAUCAAUGCUCAGAUGAGCGCAUAUCAGGUCUUCAGAGUCUUGCUUAAUUAUCUAGAGCAUGAAUGUAAUUGGGAUAAAACUGGCGUCAGCCUGUACGAACUGAACAAAAAUUCUGCGCCCGCCAACCCCUUCGCCAACACAGUCUUGCCUGUCGCCGGGCACCACCUCCACUACAAGGUCGUCUUUGUUGAUCCUUCAGGAUAUCUUAACCUCACGUCCACUGUGUCACCACAUAUACUCUCCCAGAUUCAGCAAGAAGCCAAGCUUGGCCUUACAGUGCUUUCUUCCGACUCUCGGGAGAGUUUCGAAAGCCUCUUCAUCCAAAGAACAGAUUUCCAUCUAACCUUCGACCAGAGUCUUUUUAUAAGGAUCUCGAAGGAAACGUUGACGCAUUUCUAUAGCUCGGCCAACUCGUCCACUGCUGGUCACUUGGUGAACCAGCUUCACCCCUCGCUUUUCUCGCCGCCGUCCAACACUGACGACGAAAACGCGACCGUCGGUGAAAUGCAUCCCAUUAUUGAUGGCGUGAUCGUUGUACUGGAGAAGGGUUUGACUGGGCGUGCCCGGCUUAUUGCUCCUCAAUUGGUCACUUAUGAAGCCUGGGAUGUGGACGAAAAUCCUCCUGAAGAUCCCGAGUUUAUGCUGCUAGGCCUGCGGCUCGAUCCUGCCGUUGCAUUCAGUCUCUUGAUCAAAGACGUGGCAGACGACCCAGCAGCAUUCCGAGAUCUGUGGGGCGAGCUGAGCAGCCUGAGGCGCUUCAGGGACGGCACGGCAUGCGAGGCUGUCGCCUUCGGUGACGGUAGCGAGGGCGCCGGCGACUGCCGUAGAAUACCUGGCAAAAUAGCCAAGCACCUGCUGUCCAGGCAUCUCCAGAUCCCGCGAUGCGACGUGUUCCAAGUCGGCCCGAAGCUGGAGAACGUCUUGCGCUUACCGACGGCCAUCGAUGAGCACGUCAGGUACAGCACGGGCGAGACGCUCUGCAUGCAGGCAGAACAAGCAUAUGAUGAGCUGUGCAGCCAAGUUCGAACGCUCGAUGUUAACCUCUCAGUGACGGGCUUCGCGAGCUCUGCUCCUGUCUUGGCGCAAUGUGAGGUCUUCCCAAGACCUCGUGUUGAUCCCCAGUUGCCUAAAUCCAAGGCAUUCAAAUUAGCGGAAACUCCUGAUCCGAUCGAAGUGUUUGUGUCGUUGGAAAGGAGCGGCAAGUGGCCAGAAGACCUGGAGCGCGUGAACGUCAUGAAGCGCGGCUUCCACUGCCACAUGAUGAAGCAGCUCCUGAAGAAGGGCUUCACGGCCACCCUCACUGCCUCGCACCUACUCGUCGCUAUACGUGGGUGGGUGUUUGCGGUGCAGGUGACUUACCAGGGCGAGGUGGCGCUGCUGCGUCAGGUGGGUGCUGACGAAGGAGAACAAGAAGACGAUGAAGAUGACAGCCUCAAAGACACCCCUGCCUCCGUAGCCAGACAAAUCGCCACCACCGUCGCUCCAAGGAUCGUGUCAGCUCUCAGCGGUCUUGGGGGUGAGUACUCAUCGUACAGCGGCACCGUGCGGCUGUGUCGCCGCUGGUUGAGCUGUCAUCUGCUGGAGCCUCACGUGCCCUGCCUCGUGACCCAGCUCCUUGUGGCUCAACUCUACCUCAACCCUGGACAGUUCGACGUGCCACACACACCGGCGGUUGGGCUGCUGCGGUUCCUCGCUCUGCUCGCUAACACGAACUUCCUCACAACUCCUUUCUUCUUAAGCGUCGGAGAGAACUUUCAUGCUGUGGACAUGAGCGAACUACAACUGCGCUUCAACAAUCAGCGGUCGACUUUGCCGCCGCUGUUCUUGGUGACGCCGUAUGACGUGAGAGGAAGCCUUGCUAAGCUCGAGGCUGAUGGCAUUGAGAAUGUCAGUCGCAGCACCCUUGAGUUCAGAUAUGGGCUGGUGUCUCACUGUAGCCGUGAGAGUCCCAACGCUCACGUCUUGGCUCUCGCCAAACUCCUUGCAACGCAGAGCCUCUCCUCUUACACCGACAACUGUGCUAAUCCUGCUUUCGACUGCGCUUCUUUAUUUCAACCAUCGUUAUCAUACUUCGACAUGGUUAUUCGUUUGAACCCGGAGCAUAUUUACCGGUAUGAAGAAAAUCUCAAUUUUGAUGUCAAAAAAGUGAAGCUAAUGAGGAUGACCUGCGAGGACCAAACACAGACCAUCUGUAAGCCACGCUCUCCUGCAGAAGUCAACAUCUACACUACUUUGCUGCAGGUGCUCAAAGACCGCAUUGGCUCCAUAGCACUGAUCUUCCACGAUGCUUAUGGCGGUGACAUCAUCGGUGUUUGCUUUAAGCCUGGAUCAUUGGAAGAGAAACCUUGCCCUCGGAUUCUGUGGCAGCAAGAGUACGAACUCGUGUCCAAAGAGCGCGGCGGCUCCGUGCAAUAUGAUCCUCAUGUCCUGGCAUCGUCUCUGAAAAUGAGUUUUUCGCCUCUCAUUGCCAGCAUUGAAAUAAAAAAUUCACGAGUCUGA